AUGCCUAGGACGUACUACAACCCCAUCGCAUUCGCGCCCGCUCAGGUAACAAUAUGGACAUUGAUUGUAUAUAUUGCGUUAUUGGUGACUCUGCUGUGGCAACACACAACCGUUCCGGCUGCUCCAAACAGUCCCACUCCGUCCAAGGGUAUCAAUCUCACAGAGGCAUGGCUUGACCUGGACUUCAUCAGCAACGCCUACCAUCCUGGGGGUUCGCACAGGAACGAUGCGGUACGGCAAUACCUUGUUGAGCGAAUUGAGGCGAUAUUGCUGCGCAACGGGGUAGCCUAUGAGACCGUGGCGAAACCCAGCAACCCGACAGAAACUGCACCACCGUCAAUCACCUCUCGGACAAGCUCUUCGCUUACGAGUAGCACGAAGCGGUCAUCUACUGCUUCAUCUACAAGCAGCUCUCGCAUCUCCACAACUCGCUCGAAGCCGAAAACAUCCUCUAUCUCAUCCACGAGCGACUCCACGACAACCACCCGGUCGCCUGCCACGUCCUCCACUAGCAGUACCUCAUCUACAAGCAGUAUCUCAUCUACAAGCAGUACCUCAUCUACAAGCAGUACCUCAUCUACAAGCAGUACCUCAUCUACAAGCAGUACCUCAUCAGCAAGCACUAGCCAAUUCUCGACCACGUCUUCGAUCACGAGCAGCUUGACUACAUCAUUGACACGCUCCACAUCGGAUCAGGACGUGAAGGCUGUCACACUUUGGCCAUAUGACAGUUCGAACGUUACUUUUGCCGACACCUGGCGUAAUGGAUCCUGGACCGUGUACCAUGAAGGCACCAACGUCCUCAUAUACAUCCGCGGUCGUGAGGACCCAGCCGGUCAUUGGUGGUUGACAGACUCCAAGUAUAGUGGCCAUGGCGGUGUGCUUGUCAAUGCUCACUACGAUAGCGUUUCCACCGGUUUCGGCGCAACAGAUGAUGGGGUGGGUGUCAUCACGAUCCUGCAACUCCUUUCGUACUUCACAACAAGCGGCCAGCAGCCUGAGCAUGGUCUCGUACUCCUGCUCAACAAUGAUGAGGAGCAAGGUCUAUUUGGGUCUCACAACUAUUUGCAGCAUCCGAUGAGUCAGUUCACCCAUACGUUCCUUAACCUGGAGGGUGCAGGCGCUGGUGGCAAAGCCGUACUCUUUCGCAGUACAGAUGCCGAGGUGACUGGGUUCUACGCCAAAUCGCCUUAUGCGUUCGGCUCAGUCGUUGGCAAUGAUGGAUUCAAGCGAGGCUUAAUCCGGUCAGGAACAGAUUACUCUGUGUUUACCGAACUACAAGGUAUGCGUGGGUUGGACGUGGCUUUCUUCGGCCCGAGAGCGCGAUACCACACAAACGAGGAUGCGGCACGCGAGACGAGUCCGAAUAGUGUCUGGCACAUGCUUUCUGCUUCCAUACGUACGGUGGAGAGUCUCACGAGCUACUCUGGUGACGAAUUUGACGGCUCGGUGACCAGAGAAGGCCGCUUGAAUCUCAAGAGUGGUUCAAUCGGCGUCUGGUUUGAUCUCUUUGGCCGUGCCUUCGCGGUGAUACAACUGAAUGCCCUCUUCGCGCUCUCUGUCACGCUACUGACUGCCGGACCUAUCCUGCUCAUCAUCCUCGAGGUAUUACUGGCACGAUAUGGGAAGUGGUAUCCCUUCAGUCGCAAAACAUAUCUUCACUCCGCAGAGGAUGACAAGCCUGUACUUUUGCAUGGUUUCAGAGGCUUCUUUCGCUUCCCCAUCGCAUUUGGCAUCGCCACUGCAGCGGCCGUCGCCGUGGCGUUCCUGCUGACGAAGGUCAACCCGCUUAUUGUGUACGGUAGUGAGUACGUGGUAUGGGCAAUGAUGCUCAGCGUCUGGUUCGCCGUCGCUUGGUUCUUUCUUGCGGGCGGAGACCGGGUAAGGCCUACUGCGCUGCAGAGAAUGCACUGUCUGCUAUGGCUUUAUGUGCUCUCGUGGAUGGUGCUUGUGGCGGCAACCGUCGGCGAGAACAACUUUAAGCUUGCGAGCGGAUACUUCAUCCUCUUCUACCAAGCGUCGAUUUCAGCGGCCCUUUUGAUCUCAUACCUGGAGCUCUUCGCUUUACCUAGCAAGACGAAGUACGCCGAGCACGUCACUAAUGUUACGCGUGAUAGAGAUCACGCAGAUGCUGUGGUCGAUGCACAUGGCGACGAAGACGAUGAUGGGCCCACUGAAAGAACGGGAUUGCUUGGAGGCCGAAGCGGCGAUCGAGGUGGUGGGACCUUCAAACGUGCACAUCCCGAAGAUGAGAUAUUGAAUGCUAGCGACGACCCCUAUGUCAACCAGGCUUUCGGAGACGAGCAGGCUUGGUCGAGCUCGCUACCGAAGUGGACAUGGAUCCUACAGUUCCUUCUCAUUGCGCCCAUCAACAUCAUUCUUGUCGGGCAAAUAGCACUUCUGACCACGGAAGCGACACAUCAAACUCCAGCAGAUGGCAACCCAGUCCUGCCGAUCUACCUAUUGAUGGCCGCACUGUCUGUGUUACUGAUGCUCCCACUCACACCCUUCCUGCACCGCUUCACGUUUCAAAUUCCAACAUUGCUGUUUGUGGUUUUUGGUGGAUGUCUUGUCUUCAACCUCGUCGCAUUUCCGUUUUCUAGGGAUGCAAGGCUUAAGAUCUUCUUCCUGCAGCAGGUCGACUUGCAGAGUGGGCACAACAAUGUGACCUUGUACGGGAUUGAUGGGUAUCUCCAACAAGUCGUCGCCGCGUUACCGAGCGCUUCAGGUCAACCUAUUCAUUGCAGUGAAGGCGGGCUAAAAGACGGGCUGACAUCAUGUACAUGGCCCGGUUUAGCGCCACAAAUUCACAGCUUGAGCGAGAAAUCCUCGCCGGCCACUAUGGCAACUUACAGUAACGGCACAAGUCUUCACAACUCCACCAGAGCGUAUCAAGAUUGGCUCAACUACCGCGUCGCCACCUCCAACGCCACCUCGGAGGCCAUCUUUACGCUCGGCGGCAUGUCAACCAAACAAUGCCGCAUCCUUUUCGAUCACCCCGUCUCUUCAAUCAACAUCUCGGGCUCCGGCCCCCCAGAUCCACGUUUUCGAAAAAUAUCUCACGCCGACGGUACCUCCCAAGUGCGGCUCGUCAGUCGAGAUUGGGGGAAAGACUUUGAGGUGAGCGUCAAGUGGGCGGGUGACGGUACGGACGGGCAAACGGGUAAGGUGCAAUGUGAAUGGGCGGAGAGCGAAGGGCAUCAGAUCCCUGCGCUUGACGAGGUGAAAAGGUUUGCGCCGGUUUGGGCGGCGGUGAGCAAGGCUGGCGAUGGGCUCGUGGAGGGGUUCAAGCGGUGGGACAUAUGA